GGGUCUGAGGCGGACGCCGGUGUGUCUACCUCCGCUUCGCGCCCCGCCCCCGCCUCCGCCGCGGCCUCCGCCUCCGUCUCCACCUCUAUCUCCCGCUGUUGCUGCCGCCCCUCCCCGGCCCCGGGAGCGGCCGCGGAGCCGCCGCCCAGACCCUGUCGCGCGGGAGGCGGGAUCCGCACGAAAUAAAUCAUAAUGAGUUAUGCAGAAAAACCCGAUGAAAUAACCAAAGAUGAAUGGAUGGAAAAGCUCAAUAACUUACAUGUUCAACGAGCAGAUAUGAACCGUCUCAUCAUGAACUACCUAGUCACAGAGGGCUUUAAGGAAGCAGCAGAGAAGUUUCGAAUGGAGUCUGGGAUCGAACCAAGUGUAGACCUAGAAACACUUGAUGAGCGAAUCAAGAUUCGGGAGAUGAUUCUGAAGGGUCAGAUCCAGGAGGCCAUCGCCCUGAUCAACAGCCUCCACCCAGAGCUCCUGGACACAAACCGCUAUCUUUACUUUCACCUUCAGCAACAGCACUUGAUUGAGCUUAUCCGUCAGCGUGAGACAGAAGCAGCGUUGGAGUUUGCCCAAACGCAGCUUGCAGAGCAGGGUGAGGAAAGCAGAGAGUGCCUCACAGAAAUGGAGCGCACGUUGGCCUUAUUGGCCUUCGAUAGCCCUGAGGAGUCACCUUUUGGAGACCUUCUCCACAUGAUGCAAAGGCAAAAGGUGUGGAGUGAAGUUAACCAGGCUGUUCUGGAUUACGAAAACCGAGAGUCCACACCCAAGCUGGCAAAAUUACUGAAACUGCUACUUUGGGCUCAGAAUGAGCUAGACCAGAAGAAAGUAAAAUAUCCCAAAAUGACAGACCUCAGCAAAGGUGUGAUUGAGGAGCCCAAGUAGAGCCUGUGCACGGACCCAGCACUGUCAACCAGCACAGGACUCGUUCCCAUCUGUCUGUGACUGGCAGAUUUGUCACUGCAGUAGAGAACCUUUCCCCCUGUCAUUUUCUUUGGCCCUUAUUGUUUAAAAAGGGGAAAUGGCCUUUUUAAACACUGGCAAACCCAUGAUGGAAGACACCACCUCUGCCAUGCCCUGCGUCCUGAGCACUGCACACUGCAGUUGACUACCCCAGUGCUUCCGGUAUUACUGGCUCUGGAAGAUCUGGUUUGCUGAGUGUGUGCUGCACUGCUAGGGAGUGUCAUUUCAGCUGAAGGCCUCACGUCACAGCAUAUGAAAAGCACUGAUGUUCUUUUGCUUUCUGCAGGCAGGCAGUGUUUUAUUUUCCUAGGUCUUAUCAGGCCUUCUUCAAGUUUUUCCUUACCCCUUUUCUUCUUUUCUUUUCCUCCUCUUUGUGUUCCUUCAUAGGAAAGAAUAUAUAAAUUUGUAAAUCUUAAUUCAAAGAUAA